CUGUGACGUCAUUAACAGUCGACGGGACAUCGUUUUAUUCGGAUUGACUGGUCGGUGUGUAACACCAUAGAUCAAAGAAGACCGAGGAAGAAAAUGCAGCUCUUCGGUAAAAUGUCUCUUCUGCUUCUGGGGAUUUCAAUGUCCCUGUGUGUCUCGGCCGAGCAGACAAAGGUAGUGGAGUUCAACGUCAAGCCGGGAGGAGUUGUGCACACUUUCUCUGAGAGACUCAGCAAGUAUGAGUGCAUCUUCACCUAUGCUUCACAAGGAGGAACUAAUGAGCAAUGGCUGAUGAGUGUGGGCCUGAGCGAAGACGACCAGCUGUUUUCCUGCUCUGUGUGGAGGCCUCAGGGAAAAUCAUACCUGUUUUUCACCCAGUUCAAAGCUGAGCUGAAAGGAGCCAAAAUUGAAUAUGCCAACGCUUUUUCAGAAACGGCAGUGUCAGGCCAGCGUGACGUACCUCUGAAGCCAGACGAAUUUACCAUAGGAGAAUCAACAGUGACCCAAACGGAUGGAAAGUUCAACGCUCAGCUUUCCAAGCUGACCGUCAUUGGACGGACGAGACAUGAAGAGCUGUGAUUGGACAGAAGUCUCGCUCUGCUGUGACCAAUCACAGCACCUCGGUGAACUGUGCUUCUGCUUGUUGGGAUUUCUUCCCGAGAAACGACCGAAAACGGAAGCAGGUUGAAGCUAAUAUUGUUUUGAGGGGACACGGAGAACCAGUUGUAGUACAUAUCCAGCCUUUUUCACUCAUUUUUUUUGGAUUUGUUCUACAAAAGAUGAAGGAAUCAACUGAUUAUCCAGACUUUUCUGGAUCAAAAUCGGCCAUUAGAUUACGUGCUUCUGUAGUUGUUUCUUAGUUUGUAACAUAAAGAGAUUCUGGUUUGAUCCGGUGGGUGUGGGAAUGCAUAGCCUGGUGUUGGGAUGGGGUCUGUCCAGCUUAGAUACAUUUUAUAUUAGCAGGAGAUUUAUGCAUCUUGUGUAAUCCUGAGAGGAGAGUGAGUAAUCCCUGGUAUUGUGAAGCAGCAGCACGCAUCCAAACAAGUAGAAAUUGCUCUGUCUCGGUGCGAUCCGCUCUGCUGUUGAAAGAAGCACUUCAGCGUCUCCGUUUAUCUACAUCUGCUGCAGAUAACUCAAAGCGUCGCGUCUGAUCUCUCCAAACAUCAGCCAGGUUUUCGUUUCCUGCUAUUUCCCUCUGAUGAAACUAUACCACUUCAAAAAAUCCGUCACAAAACAGAAUCAAAAUGCAAACUGUUGACGAGUUUGAGUCUGCGAAACUCGCUGUAUGGUGAGGUUAGUAUUAAUCCUAUAUAUUAAAACAAAAUUAUAUGA